AUGUCUCGACGUGCGACGCCAUCCCAGGCUGCUCAGAACCAGCAGACCAUUAAGAACCUGCUGAAACUCGAGUACAACAAGACAUGUGCCGACUGCAAGCGCAAUAAACACCCACGAUGGGCCUCCUGGAAUCUAGGAAUCUUCAUUUGCAUUCGUUGCUCAGGCAUCCACAGGGGCAUGGGAACCCAUAUCAGCCGAGUGAAAUCCGUCGACCUCGACUCGUGGACUGAUGAACAACUUGAGAGUGUUUUGAAAUGGGGCAAUGCAAGAGCUAACAAAUACUGGGAAGCGAAAUUGGCACCUGGUCAUAUCCCGUCGGAAGCUAAAAUCGAGAACUUCAUCCGGACUAAAUACGAUUCCAAGCGAUGGAUUAUGGACGGCCCAAUGCCCGACCCCUCGACGUUGGAUAUUGGCGACGAUGAUGUGCCUCUUGCGGUCGUUCAAGAAAAGGCAAAAAUUGAGCGUUCUGCCUCUCAACGAGUGGCCACCAGUCAACCACGCGCUAUACAACGACCGCAACCUUCCAUCGACCUCUUCGGCGACGACAUCGAACCUCCAGUGCGCCCUAGCACGACAGAACCUACACCAAAGGCUACACUGAAGCAGCAGCCGCCACCCCAGCAGGCUGCACCCAAAUCGACACGUCCUGGCGAUUCCUUGCUUGGGCUGGAUUUCUUCGGCAACGCCCAGCCGACGACCACCAACCGCCCGGCCAGCACAGCAUCCACACCCGUCAACCCAUCAGGAAUGUCUCGACCGGAUUUGAAACAAUCCAUCCUGUCACUCUAUUCAAAGCCGCAGCCACAUCAUGAACGCAACUCUUCGUUUGGGGAUCUCGCCUCUCCCGCGCCACAGUCGACAUCUUCCAGCAUGGGGGGUCUGACCGAUGCUUUCAGUGGAUUGAGCUUUCCGUCGACCACGUCUCCCCCUCCUCCAAAGCCGGCCGAGAAGCCGUCACCUUUUGCUAAUCUGACUAGCUUCGCUACUGCCAAGUCAACACCGGCAGCACCAAUGGUUUCAUCACCUACCGCCUCCGUCAGCGGUGGGGGAAGCUUGUUUGAUAGCCUCACGUCUCCCACAUUUCCUCCCGCGAAGCCUCAGUCUCGUACCGCAUCGAUUUCUUCCAAUGGAUUCGAUUCCGGAUUUGGUGGCUUUGGAUCUCCCCCACCGACGAAGCCGAACCCGCCGCAGUCGUCUCUGUCAAAUGAUCUGUUCGGAUUGUCUUCUCCUCCCGCCCCAGCCGCGGCAGCUUCAGCACCUCCGGCACCCAAAGCCCCGUCUCAACAGCUGGAGCUGCAGUCUGCUUUCAACAUUAGUGCUCCACCUGCACCUAAACCUCAAGUAUCUGCAGCAACGGCGUCUAUCGCAAGCGCUCUCCCAGCAAGCAUUGACCCUUGGGGAGGAAAUGCCUGGAUCACUCCUGAUCCUACGCCGACUGCGCCCCCUGCACCCCAUGCGCCAUCUGCAUCCACAUCCACGAUGAUGAAGGUGCCGGAUACCUUGACUGCCAACGACAUCGGUGCCGGCUGGGGCGCCCCGGCUCCACCAGCCACAAGCUCCAGACCGGCGCCUACAGUGGCCGCAGAUGAGGAUUUCGGUGGGUGGGCCAGUGCAGCGCCCGUGUCUUCGACCAUACCAACAACAAGCGCGGCUAAACCGGCAGGCGGGUUUGGCGGAGCUGAUGAUUUGUUUUCUAAUGUUUGGGAGUAG